GUUGGCAUGUGUAGAGCUAAUGAUUUAUUUAUAGUUGUCUGCAACAGAUGGCACCAUAAUCAACAAUUAGUUUAAUUACAAAUGGUUUCCUACACAAAGAUGAAGCUCACACAAACAGUAGCUUUUACUACACGAAAAAACGAAAAAAGGAUUACAAGUAUUCAAAAUCAUAGAAGAUAUUGUACUGUAUGUUGCUGUAUGGUUACUUCUGUUUCUUAGAAAAGAUUAUGUCAAAACUUGUUGGGAUGAAGACUUUGCUGACUUUAGUUCUAUACCUGUUGAUGUGAAGGAACAUCUGGAAGAGAAAGGUUUUUUAACUGAUCAGCUGCAAGCAGCUCAUGAUAUGUUAGGAACAUGGUUGCAGUUCAACAAUGAGAAUGAUAAUGGUGAAGGUUUCUGGAGCAUUCUUAUUGAGUGUGACAUCUCCCACAAAUCUCUUGUUGUUCUCUUGGCCUAUCUGUCUCACAAUGCUAGCAAGAUAUCUGCAAGUUUCAGUGAAAAAGCGACUGGGAUUUUGGCAUCAUCUGUUUACCUUAGACUUAUAUCUUUACCAGGUAGUGCAGCUUUUAAGAUUUACAAUCCAGAAUUGUUUUUACAAGCUUGUCGUGUACUUACUAUACGCAACAGGCCAGAUAAUGGUGGUGGUGGCAGCAAACGGAAGAAAAAAAGAGAUAUCCCAUCAGGUAACAAGCGUCAGACAAAAAGAAGGAAAGGCACCAAGAUACCUUCUGGGGAAGCACUUUUUGAAGAGGAUAGUGGUACUAUUAGAGAUGGCAGUGAUGAGGAACAAUUUAUAGAACUGAGUGAAACUGAAAGAGAUCAGAUAGAUGAUUUCAAGAAGUCCUUACUUCAGAAUGUAGUCAUCAUAUGUGAAAGAUACUCUCUUCGUCAGUCUGAGUCCACAGCCAUUCAGUUAUUGUCUGUUUUGACUAAUAUUGUUAAGGAAGAUCCCCUUGCCAUAGAUGAGACUAUGGGACAGUGGAAUGCUAGACACUGCAGUCCUGGAAUGUUGGCUUUUAAAGCAAUGUAUUUGUUGUGUCAACCUUUUCAUGGUCACGUGACAACAAUAGUCAAUGAGUCUUUCAAACAACUUUUAGAACAGAUACUUAUGAUGGAAGAUGGGAAGUUGUUUACAGCUUUGGCUCGACCUGUUUUACAGAUUAGGCGGCAUGCAUUGGACUUUGUUGUAUAUGUGGUUAAAGAGUUGGGUGAGCGUUCUGUCAAUUGUUUGAAAACUUUGUUGCAAACUCUCUGCUUUAAGGUGCCUGACAAGUCAGAUUACAGAGCUUAUGCUGCUGAAGCUGUGUGUGAACUUGUGGACUAUUUGCCUGAUAUAGAAUACGCUAGAAUGUUGGAGUGGUUGAAACGUUUGUCUAGAUACACUAAGGCUACACAAAGAAGUUUUCUGGUUGAUGUCAUGUUAACAUUGAUUGAGAAACCUGAGAGGAGAUUAUCAGAUGCUGUUCCAUCUGUACUGUCUGGAUUUUGCAGCCAUAAAAGUAUGGUUCUCACACUGUUAAGCAAAUGUUCAGAUUCCAAUGCAAGUAUUCGAUCAAGAGCUUUGACUGGCUUCUCUGUGUGCACAAGUUCCAAGUUCAGAGAUGUCGUGUCAACCAUCAAAGAGGUGAUCACUCCUAUCGCAAGUAGGCCAACAGCUAAGCAUUUUAUGCCUACGCCAGUAGCUGUGCUGGCUACAGCUAAAGAAAACCCAACUACACCUGAAGUGAUGAACAACUCAAGUAUUGAGAGCAGUCUAGUCCCAGAUAACAAGCAAACUGAGAAUGGUGAUGGUGACAGUGUAGCUCAGAAUCAACUUAAAGCUCAGACUCCACAGACUUGUGCACUUCAGCUUAUUGAGAUAACUCCUGGAUUUAAUCCAUAUCUGCCUGACACAGAAGGUGUAAUCUCCAUGUUCCAUAGACGUAUGCAUGAUUCAAAAGUAGUAGUUAGGAAAUGUGCCCUACAAGCCUUGGAAAAGGUGGUUGAGUUGGUUGCUCCAUGCUAUAGAAAGGAAGAUCUACAAGUGUUACAAGAGAGAUGUGCUGAUCCAGCCCUGUCAGUCAGAAAACAAGCAGUGCAGUCUUUGUUUGAACUUUUGAAAGCUUUUCCAAAAGAUCAAAACAUUCAGAAAGCUUGGAUAUUUGGACUUCUUCCUCAAGUUAUGGACAGAGAAACUUCAGUGCAGGAGAAAAGCUUUGAAUUUUUGGAAGAAAUGAUUUUACAGCACUUAAAGCCAGCCAAUAGAACACAAGCCUCUACAGGAAUAGAGUGGGACUUACUUCGUAUUAUAGUUGAUGAAAGUUGUGAAAAAUUACGACGCUAUUUGCAGAAAGCUUGCCAGUACUGGGCCAGGACUAAAAAACUGAAGAGCUCGAUGAUAGAUGCAUUGCUGAGUCACAUUCACGGAGACAAUGAUAAGGCUGCCUGGAUGUUCUUGGCGGAAAUUUCAAAGACACCAGUUAAAAUCAAUCACAGUUUAGUCAUUCAGUACUGGAAGACUGUCACUACUUGUGCAGAUGAAGCAUCUUGUGGCAAAUGGUUUGAUGUUUUGACUGUGUUAGGAUCAACAGUAAAAUUUAUUCCAAACAGUGAACUGCCUGUUAUAUUUGAGGACAUGAAGCAACGACUUAGAGAGUUCACAUACCCGCCCGGUAUCAUUGCUGGUAUGGUUCACUGUGUCUCAAAACUCUAUGCUUGUCUAGAGAUGUCUCGUAGGCUUCCUCAGGCUUGGGGAGAAGACAUACUGAGAGACUGUGAUCAGUAUAUGUCACAUGUCAUUUUAACAGAUGAUAAAGACACAGUGAUAGAUGAAGAGAAGUUGAUCUGUUAUAUGUUUACAUUGGGAGAGGUCUGCCAGAGAUGUCCCACCAGAAUGCCUAAGAGAGUCACUCUCCUGAUUCAGUCCAUCAUUGCUUCUCCAUGUAUCAGCGCCAUAGGUGAAAGUCAACAACCAUCAAAUGAAGCCUCUGAUGGUAGCCACUCCUCUGAUGGUAGUCAUGAUUUACUCCGUAGCCCCUCAAGCCAGGCUUCUUCACAAGCCUCACAGCCUCUGUCACAAUUCAAAGGCUCUAGGAUGUCCAACAAUCUCAGGGUCCAUGCAUUUAUUACUCUGGGUAAACUUUGCUUGGUGGAUGAAACUUUGGCUAAGAAAACCAUUGCAGCUUUGGCUAGAGAGCUGGAGGUGUCUGAAUGUCCAGCUAUUAGAAAUAAUGUUGUGGUUGUGUUGGGAGACCUCACAAUAAGAUACACAACUUUAGUUGAUCGCUAUGCCACCAACAUUGCCUCCUGCUUGAAAGAUCCAUCAGCCAUUGUCAGAAAAAAUACCUUGACAAUCUUGACUAGACUAUUACAGGAAGAGUAUGUGAAGUGGAAAGGAGUUCUUUUCUUCUAUUAUAUUACCACACUUAUUGAUGAGAAUCAAGAAAUCAAAGAUUUAGCUGCUUUCUGUCUUGAGCAUUUGUUGCUUCAGAAACACCCAAAUAUGUUCUUCCAUCCUUUCAUUGAAUGUAUCUUUCAUUUCAACAGUUACCACAAUCAUCCUGUGUACAAUAAAUUCAAACAGACAGAGGGGGAGAAAAAGAAGUUUAGUCUUGCUGGGGCAUCUAAUUUCAAGAAGAGAAUGCAGCUGUACACAUUUAUGUUGGAACACAUGACUGAUGAGCAGAGGUUUAAAAUUACUGCCAAGACAAAUAAAGAGAUUUUAUCAGCUGUUGUAGAUAAAGUUAUUCCAUUAGAUGCAGAAGGAUCUCAAAUAUUGAUUGAUGCUUUGGCCAUUUUAAGCAGUAGGGAAAUCAAAUUGUCCACGCUACGAGGCAAAGGAAGUGAAGAAACACCAGAUGAAACAACCAUAGAUUUGGCCAAGGUGGUCACUGCUACAGCCAAAAAAGUUCUUAUAACUCAAGUGGUCAGGAGAAACGUUAUUGAGAAUAUAGUCCCUGUAGUCAUCACACUCAAACAUAUGCUGGAGAAAUGUAGGUCACCUAUUUUAAAAAAUCUGAUGGCAUAUUUACGCGAGUUGAUGAAAGAUUAUAAAACUGAAAUUAAAGACAUACUAGCAGCUGAUAGACAAUUGGCUGAGGAAAUUGAAUUUGAUUUGAGGAACUUUGAGAAAGAUUCACAGCCUAAAACACCAUCAGGAAACACACCACAGUCUAACACACCUGUUGGCAGCAGGGAGUCCAGCAGACCAGCAAGUCCACUUGUCCAUGCAAACUUAUCAGCCCAACCAGCAGUUCUGAGAGAACACAAUGGUACACCUUGUAGAUCAGGUCGCUCUAGCCCAAUGGAACUGAAUCAGUCUAGGAUCUCUGUGGUGACCAUGUUGGACGCUGCUAAAAAAGCAAUGUCUAGAGUAGACCAAUUGAGGCAGUCUGGGAAUAACUUUAAGCCACUCAAAUCUGCUACUAAUGCUAACUCAACUGCUAGUAAAGUGUCCACUAAGUGCAGCAAGUCUAUUGUAACUCAGGACUCAGACUCAGAGAAUACUUUAGUCUCACCAACUACAAGGUUUAGUCAACUUAGAGCUAUUAGUACACCUUCUAAAGAUGUCAACAAUGUCACCUUUGCCCAAGUUGGAAACAUGACCAUGAUUCCUCCAUCCCCAAUACCAUCAGUGGCUAGUGUCAUGAGUGCUGGAAAGUUAUGCUUAUCACCUAUGAUGAAAGUGCAACAAAAAGGCAAAAAGAAUAUAAUUCACAUGCCACAUCCUGAAGCCAAAGAUCCAGAACCAAUCAAAUGGAAUAUUAAAUCACCAACUAAACAAGUGACCUCUACUUCUCCUAAAGAUGGAACCAGCACUCCCUCCAGAAAGAGUCAUGCCAAGUCUGCAGCUGGAAUGAGAAGAAGCAAUAGAACUCGACAGAAAUAACCAUUUUGCUUGUAUAGGACUUUCUUGUGAUAUUUUAUUUGUAUUUAAUGUUUGUAUCUUUGUAAGAAUAAUGGUCAUUACAUUUUUAACUUGAUACAUUCACUGUAUAUUUGUUAGGCACCUGAGACAAUCAGGUUUAUAUUAUAUCAGUGUGUACUUUGCUCUAUAGAUCUAACUGUAGGGUUAAUUAAUGGACAUUUUUGAGUUACCUCAACUUAAAUGGCAGACAGUCUUUUUAAUGGUUCUAUUACAUCUUGGUAAAUAUUGGACCAAACAUUUCUUGCACCCUAUAAAAUGUUCUCAUGUCAGAGAAACAAGACUCAAAUUUCUGAUUUUUGUUUGAAUCAUGUUUAUUUGCUUUUUUAGGUUUAUACAGAAUAGUCUCAGUAAUUCAUUCUUUUCAACAUUAAAAUUCAUGACUAUGCACUUAUAUGAGAAAUUAGUUGUUCUAUGUGCAACAAAUUAAAUGCUGCAUGACAAGACACUAAUUAGUAAUAAUAAAUACAAGUUUUCUGUGUUCCUCUAAAGAUUGAAUACACAUAUUUAAAAACAUUACUGACAAACUCCUUAAUUGUGUUCAAGCAUCAAUAGAAAUUCUUUCUUGUGAACAAAAUUGAACUUAAACUUGUGGUUGUCUCUUACUUGAUGUGCUGAUAAAACAGUAAUCAAGCCUACUUGCCUCUUUAUAAACUUCUGUGUGCAGUCUUUCAUUUUAAAUAAAACUGAUUUAAUAA